AACACCUGAAAGCCGGCGAGUAAGAACAUCUACUGGGAAAUCAUUUGAAUCAGACGCCAGCUGAGUGGGAGAAAGAAAAAGAACAGAGAAGAACAAAGCUCCCUUGGUCUUGGAUGUCAGGGACGCCGCCGCAACCAUGGACCGGCGACCCUUCACUGCAGCGGUCCUGCUCCUCUGCCUGGUCGUAGUUGAAGUGAACAGUGAAUUUCGAAUCCAGGUAAGAGAUUAUAAUGCUAAGAAUGGCACCAUUAAGUGGCAUUCAAUGAGAAGACAGAAACGUGAAUGGAUCAAGUUUGCUGCAGCCUGUCGCGAAGGCGAAGACAACUCAAAGAGAAACCCCAUUGCCAAAAUUCAUUCCGAUUGUGCUGCAAACCAACAAGUGACGUACCGCAUCUCUGGAGUAGGAAUUGAUCAGCCGCCUUAUGGCAUCUUUAUUAUUAAUCAAAAAACUGGUGAAAUCAAUAUAACAUCUAUAGUUGAUCGAGAGGUCACCCCUUAUUUCAUUAUUGUUUGCAGGGCUCUGAAUUCACUUGGUCAAGAUUUAGAGAAUCCUCUUGAACUGAGAGUCAGGGUUUUGGACAUAAAUGACAACCCUCCAGUGUUUUCCAUGUCUACAUUUAUAGGACAAAUAGAAGAAAAUUCCAAUGCGAAUACCCUGGUGAUGAGACUCAAUGCCACUGAUGCAGAUGAACCAAAUAAUUUGAAUUCAAAAAUCGCUUUCAAGAUCAUAAGGCAGGAGCCUUCUGACGCACCUAUGUUCAUCAUCAACCGAUACACUGGGGAAGUCCGAACCAUGAAUAAUUUUCUAGACCGAGAGCAAUAUGGCCAGUACUCUCUUGCUGUGAGAGGCUCAGACCGAGACGGCGGCGCUGACGGCAUGUCGGCGGAGUGCGAGUGCAACAUUAAAAUCCUGGAUGUGAAUGACAACAUCCCUUACCUGGAGCAGUCUGCAUACGACAUAAAAAUUGAAGAGAAUGCUUUAUAUUCAGACUUGCUCCCACUUAGAGUAAUUGAUUUGGAUGAAGAGUUCACCAUGAACUGGAUUGCAGUAAUUUUCUUUAUCUCUGGAAAUGAGGGAAAUUGGUUUGAGAUCGAAAUGAAUGAAAGAACAAAUGUGGGAAUGCUUAAGGUUGUUAAGCCCCUAGAUUAUGAAGCUGUGAAGAACCUGCAACUCAGUAUUGGUGUUAGAAAUAAAGCUGAAUUUCAUCAUUCAAUUAUGUCUCAAUAUAAAGUCGUAAGCACUGCCAUUUCCGUGAUUGUGACAAACGUAAUCGAAGGUGCAGUGUUUCGCCCAGGUUCAAAGACUUUCGCAGUAACAAGUAACAUGGGAGCAAAUCAUAAAGUGGGAGACUUUAUAGCUAUUGAUCAGGACACAAAUUUACCUUCAACAACUGUUAGAUAUGUAAUGGGGAAUAACCCAGGUGACCUGCUAGCUGUUGACUCAAAAACAGGCAUACUCACCUUAAGAAAAAAAGUUACCUUUGAACAGUAUCAAAUGCUUAAUGGAAGAUACAAAGGAACAAUUUUAUCUAUAGAUGAUUCUCUUCAGAGAACUUGCACUGGUACAAUUAACAUUGACCUUCAAGGUUCUGGCUGGGAAAGAGAAGGUGGUGGUGGUGGUGAUGGUGGUGGUGGAAGUACUACAACUGAGGAGGGUGGUACAAGCACUAGUUCAGGUACCGACUCUGGUACCGUUCCCAGUACUGGAGGUCAGGACACUGGAGGUGCUACUGGGACCUCAGAAGAAGGUAUUACCCCUAAUGAAGAUGAUACCGGAAAAGGUACACAAACAAAUGACAAUGGCAAUAAGGACACAAAUCAGAACAGUGGAGGACCUGGAUCAGAUAAUGUACACUUUGGUCCUGCUGGGAUUGGCCUACUCGUCAUGGGAUUCCUAAUCCUAGGAUUGGUCCCAUUUCUAAUGAUCUGCUGUGACUAUGGAGGUCCCUCUGGGGGCAGCGCUGGCUUCGAGCCUGUUCCAGAAUGUUCUGAUGGAGCCAUUCACCCAUGGGCGGUAGAAGGACCACAGCCCGAACCCCACGACAUGGGCACUAUCUGUGUACCAGCAAUACCAGCCGCGGGGGCAACUAUGAUGGAAUGUAUUGACAACUCAGGCGUUUAUACAAAUGACUACUGUGCCAGAGAAAUGCAAGACCUGGGAGGAGGAGAAAGGACAACAGGAUUUGAACUAAUGGAGGGAGUGAAAACCUCAGCUGCACCUGAAAUAUGCCAAGAAUAUUCUGGAACAUUGAGAAGAAACUCUAUGAGGGAAUGUAGAGAAGAGGGUCUGAAUAUGAAUUUCAUGGAGAACUACUUCUGUCAGAAAGCUUAUGCUUAUGCCGAUGAGGAAGAAGGACGCCCAUCCAAUGACUGUCUGCUCGUGUAUGAUAUUGAAGGUGCAGGCUCCCCUGCGGGCUCUGUGGGUUGUUGCAGCUUCAUUGGCGAAGACUUGGAUGAAAGCUUCUUGGAUACCCUGGGGCCCAAAUUUAAGAGGUUGGCAGAUAUCAGCCUGGGAAAAGAACCCGAAUGUUAUCCAGACCCUGAUCCCUCAUGGCCUCAGAAUGUGGAGCCAGUGUACCCUGUGAAGACAACAAGACCAGUUCCUAGCGGAGUCCCACCCGUUUCCCAGCAGGUUGGCACCACCACCGUCUUUUCUGAGAGCACCUAUCCCUCGGGACCUAGCAUACAUCAUCCUAUGCCUAUUUCCGACCCUCUGGGCUACGGCAAUGUCACUGUAACCGAGUCUUACACCACCUCUGGCUCUCUGAAGCCCUCUGUCCACCUUCAUGAUAACCUGCAUGCACCCAAUGUGGUGGUGACAGAGAGGGUGGUGGGCCCUAUCUCCGGUGCUGAUUUGCAUGGAAUGUUAGAGAUCCCUGACUUGAGAGAUGGCUCAAACGUUAUAGUGACGGAGAGGGUCAUAGCUCCAGGUUCCAGUCUACCCACCUCUCUGACUAUACCUGCUCCCCUAGAGUCUUCAAAUGUGGUAGUGACAGAAAGAGUAAUCCAACCAACUUCUGGCAUGAUAGGCAGUCUAGGUAUGCACCCAGAUUUAUCCAAUGCCCACAAUGUGAUUGUGACAGAGAGGGUUGUUUCUGGCGCUGGCAUUAGUGGAAUUAGUGGGGCAGCUGGGAUAAGUGGUGGUGUAGGCAGCAGUGGCCUGGUUAGCACCAACAUGGGUGUCAGUGGCAGUGGCCUGAGUGGGGCUGGCAUAAGUGGCGGUGGCAUCGGGCUCGGUGGCCUGGGUGGGGGUGGGGGCCUGAGUGGCAGCAUGGGGGGGACAGCCACCAUUAGCCACAUGAGGAAUUCCUCUGACCAUCACUUUACCCAGACCCUGGGAUCUGCCUCCCCUAGCACGACUCGAAGUCGAAUCACAAAGUACAGUACAGUACAGUACAGCAAGUAGUCUAUGUCUCAGAAUUCAUGAUCACAUUAAUUAUGACUUAGAUUCAGUUCCCACCACCCAAAAUGUAAUAAUGCAACUUAUGAUGCACAGCUAGGUGCUAAGAGCUACAUUCUGCUGUGAGAAACCACAAUGAGAAAAACAAAUGAACGCAUUGCCAUGGGGAAGAGGACUCCCUGUAUGUUUGUAAACUGUUUCCUCAUCUCAUGAUUAAUGACCUCAUGACAGUGGACUAAAAUAGGACUUGGUGUGCCUGUGUGGCCAAUCAGGUCUUCUGGGUAUCUAUGUGGCCUGAAGUUUAUAGCCAGCACAUGGAGUAAAUAAAAUGUGCUCAUGCAAUAGGACCGCCCUCAACGUGGCAAUUGGCAUAAUUUUCUCUUAUGUUGCUAUGUAAUUCAGGCAGUAUUCAAAACCAACUAAACAUACAAUUUAUUGCCACAAGUAAUCUGAAAUUCUGCCUUGUCAAUUUCACAGAUAAUGUAAAUAAAACUCCAACCAUAAAUUCAGAGCAGGGUUAAGUAUUUAAGAAUCUGAUGACCCAACCAAGUCUCCAGCCACCAUGCUCUGUUGCCUUUCCUUUACUUAUCUGCAAGAGAGGAAAGAAACAUCAGAUUACAAAUGCUCCACACUGGGAAAAUUCCUUUAGAAACUAGCAACAGAGGGAGAUUGGCUGGGAGUAAGCUGGCAGAGCCUAAGCUAAACCUCAAGGGGAGUCUUCAGUAACAGUCAAGGACAUUCCUAAUCCCAGGUUAAGGUUAAUGGUAGCUGUGAUCUUGGAGAAUGUUGCUUCCUGGGGAGAUUACGAGACAUCACAAGUGUUUUUCUCUUUACCACUGUGGUUAUCAAUUAAUAAUAAAGGAAAGUGGCUCAGAUGGAGUCGAGCAACAGGUAACAUGAUUGUCAUCACCAGUGGUAAACACCCUCCCAGGUAAAACAGAUAGAAACUGCACUGCACUGUCAGAUUAUGUUUUCAGCAAGUGUUAUUUGCUCAUGUCCAGCUGUUUGUUACAUAAGCCCCAAAAUUGAAAUGAUUUGCCUGAGCUGAACGACGGGGGUGUUUGCAGCGUGGCUAAGCUAUAGGGGAGUUUUUUAAGGGGAUCUUAAAACAAUGUUUUUCGAACAUGCAAACUGUUUUAAAUGGGGAAAGUUAGGAAAGAAGUGUUCACUAAAGCAGUAUCGAACUAAUUAUUAGCUUUGAGUUUAAUACUUUCUUUGAAUAACCCUCUGCCGCCAUUUUGAAUGGUCAACAUGAACCUUUUACAGAGUUGAUAAUAUUGUGUAAGAAAGAAUAAAAUAGUAUUACAUAAACCCAUUUCUUUCACUCCCUUACUAAAUAUUUUCACAAGCAUAAAUUUUAAAAUCCUGAUCUGAUUUGUCAAUAAAGUCUUAGCAUAUAAAUAUUCUGAUUUAUAGAUAAUUCCCAAAUAAUGUGUAUGAUAUAUUUUUCUAACUUCAAAACAUAGUAAUGUGCUAUUUAUGAUGUAUUAUUUCUGUGUAUUUGCUCUGUAAUGUUUCCUGAUUACAAAUCUCUAAAACAAAGCAACACAUUCUAAGAAAUAGGGAAAUUUACCAUUGCUUGGCAGAGGAGUUGUUUGGUGUUUUAUUUUCCUUUGUUUUCUUAAAAUUCAUUGUAAAUAUAAGCUCACUAAAGUGAGACUGGGUACAGCAAAUAAAACUAGAAAAAAAUUCCCCUCCUGGAGUUGUGAAUUAUAUACUAUAACAUUUUUUUCCUAGUCAGCUACUCAAUUUUCCAAGAUGUUACGAGGUCAAAGAACCAUUAUUCAACUUCCAAUGCUUGUCACUGAGGGCUGGGAGUGAAUUCCUUCCCUAGAGCUAUUUUGCUCCAUAUAAUAGUGAAUGAGGUUAAUAUGAUAAAAGUCACAAUAUACAUCUUACCUUAGCUCUGUAGCAUAUGUACAACUUUGAUAACCUGUAAUAUGCUAAAAUGCAGAGGUGUAAAUAAAGUCAUUCAAAGGGAGCCUUUCUUUUAUUUUUUUUUUUCUGUCACUUAGGGGAUUAUGUUAAGAAUGGGAAAUAUUUUUCCAGAAAUAAAAACAAAAGGCAUUU